AUGCAUGUUGCAGAAAAGGCUGAAUACCCCAGCACGUUGCCUUCGGCCAUGGAGCCUGGCGCUCUGGAAAGCAAUGGAGGCACCGACGGCACGAAGGAGCCCAUAUCAGCGUUCAAGGGUUUAGGGUGGCUCGACCGCUUCCUCGCUCUCUGGAUAUUUCUUGCCAUGGCCAUUGGAAUUAUUCUGGGGAAUUUCGUUCCAGAGACUGGGCCAGCGCUACAAAAGGGCAAGUUUGUGGGCGUGUCAGUCCCCAUAGCUGUCGGUCUGUUGGUAAUGAUGUACCCGAUUCUAUGCAAGGUCCGAUACGAGUCGCUGCACACUCUACUGGCCCAUCGCUCCAUGUGGAAGCAAAUACUGUUCAGCAUCAUUGUCAACUGGAUCGUGGCUCCUUUCCUCAUGCUUGGCCUGUCGUGGGCUUUCCUUCCCGAUAAGAGUGGCUUGCGUGAGGGCCUGAUUCUCGUCGGUCUUGGAAGAUGCAUUGCCAUGGUCCUCAUAUGGAACGGUCUGGCAGGUGGUGAUAACGAAUACUGUGCCAUCCUCGUCGCCAUCAAUUCAAUUCUCCAGAUGGUUCUCUUCGCCCCGCUCGCCAUCUUCUUUCUCCGUGUCAUUAGUGGAGAGUCGGGGGUAAACAACGUCUCAUACUCGGUUGUCGCUGUGAGUGUUGCAGUGUUCCUUGGCAUUCCCCUGGGAGCCGCCAUUGCUACCCGGUUUGCCCUGCGCAUGACAGCCGGGCCCGAUUGGUAUGAGCGCGUUUUCCUCCGAUUUGCCGCUCCUUGGUCUCUCAUUGGCCUCCUCUAUACGAUUUUGGUCCUCUUUGCAUCGCAGGGCCGUCAAGUUGUUCAUCAGGUGGUGUCUGUGGUUCGAGUUGCAGCUCCACUGAUCGUCUACUUUGUGGGCAUAUUCGUCCUGACACUGUUCAUCACCUAUAAGCUCGGAUUCAAAUAUCAAUUUUCUGUGACUCAGAGUUUUACAGCAUCUAGCAACAAUUUUGAGCUGGCUAUCGCCGUUGCUGUCGCUACCUUUGGACCAAACAGUGACCAGGCUCUUGCGGCAACCGUGGGACCACUCAUUGAGGUUCCUGUACUCAUUGCCCUAGUAUACGCCAUGCGGCUGGUACGGAAGCGAUGGGACUGGAAGGACUGA